CAUGCCCUAUUUUGUUUGGUACAAUUCUCCAUAACUUCCUCAUAUAUAAUUAGUGCUUUGUUGUUCAAGUCCUCUCUCAUGAUUCAACUAUCAUUAGCAUUUUAACACAAAGUCUUUUGCUUUGGACUUUGUGCAACAUGCUCCCAAGGGCUAUAUGCUUUCACAGAGCUCUACUUUCUUCUCUACAGAAGGUAGGAUCAAGAUACUUCACUGCCCCUGCUGUAAGUUCUGCACAACCUUCUACUUAUGGGGAUUAUGAACCAAGUGAUAUUUUUGAUUGGGAUAAUCUUGGAUUCAAGUUGAUCCAAACUGAUUAUAUGUUUAUGGCAAGAAGUUCUGGAAAUGGAAAUUUUCAAAAAGGCAAACUUAAUACCUAUGGAAAUAUUGAAUUGAGUCCCUCUGCUGGUGUCUUGAACUAUGGACAGGAUUGACUACAAGGUAAGCUCAGAAUCAAUAAGUGAGCAAUUAAACUCGAGAUUAACAGCAAUUCAAAAAGGUAUUAUUGAGGACAAGAGGGAUUGGAUUAUUGAAAUUAAGUGAACUUUGGUUAAUGAUGUCAGCAAAGUUUUCAUUAGCUAAAGUUGUGCUCUAUUUGUAGAAAUUAAGAUCGUUUGCAAUGUAUAAGAAAUUAGUAGUGAUUUUAAAACAUUAGAUUAGACAAACUAUUAUUGUAAUAAUUAAUAAAGGGUUAUGUUUUAAGAGAUCUCCUCACGGAGCCAUGCACAAAUAGCCGAUUUGGGGAGCGACAAUAGAGCUAUGUAUAGUCGAAGUACAUAAUUUCUAACAAACUUAACUGCUUCAGAAUCAACUUCAAACUUCUGGACUGAAUUAGAAACAAACAUUGUUUUAU